AUGUUCCCUGCCAUUCUAAUUUUUCUUCUCCUACUUCCCACCCUUAUCAAUGCGUGUAUCCCCACGCAACAAGUGGAAAGUAAUUGAUCCCUUAGAUCUCAUGCCCAGAAAUUACGAGUUUCAGCAACCUCUUAUGCUCCGACUACAACAGCUUUUGUGGCACCUACAACGACUACAUAUCAUCCUAUAUGAUUUGUGUCUGCCUUUUUGGACUUUUUGCGACCAUUAGUUCUUGUAUUCCAACUCAGCAAAUUGAAAGUGUUUGUUGGCAGUGGACCACGUUCAAAUGCAGAUUCCAUGUGUUCUGCACAGGGAGCAGUCGUCAGUGGUAUUCAAAAUCAAGAGGAGAUAGACUUCAUAGUUGGUUCCUGGAUCUCUAUGUAUGGUUCAACCGGUUCCAUGUGGGUUGGUGCUCAGAGAACUGCCGCAUGUUGGACUUUACAAGGCCAGACCGCAGCCUGCUCAAAAACCACUUCUUUUGAAUGGACAGACAACUCGGCGACCGGUACCGAUGGUUAUGUUUGGAAUAGUGCAGUGGAGCCGAACAAUGUAGGCGGAACGGAACAAUGUCUAGUUUUGACCUGGACAGGCCUGAUGUCUGAUCAAACAUGCGCUCGUACUGAUUAUGUUGGUUAUGUGUGUGGAAAAGCGCCAAUGUGA